AUGGCAAUUGAGAAUCGCGGCCCGCAGCUCCAAGCUGCCUGCUAUGUCCUCGUCGUCUUUGCGGCAGUGUCGAUGCUUCUGCGCUGCUAUGUCCGGAUAUUCAUGAUAAAAAACUUUGGUCUGGACGAUGGAUUCAUGGUGUUUGCGCUGGUUACCUUCAUUCUCUUCGUGGCAUGCGCGUUAUCCGGCGUUCACUAUGGCACCGGGCGCCAUUACUGGGAUUUAGAAAGCGACGACAUAUCAUCUGCCAUGCAGUACUGGUGGUUCUGCUACCUCUCGUAUUGCCUCACAAUGAUAGCAUCGAAACUCUCCAUCGGCUGCUUCCUGUUGCGCCUCAUGGUCCGCCGCCUCGAAAGAUGGAUCGUAUACGUGGUUAUGCUGCUCACCGUCCUCACUGGCGUGCUCUUCUUCUUCGUCACCCUACUUCAAUGCAAGCCGAUUUCCUACUUCUGGAACAAGGCACAGCAAGGCCACUGCAUCGACAUCGAAGUCAUCAUCGUCAUCACCUACGUGUACAGUGCGUUCAGCGUAAUCUGCGACUUUACCUUCGCACUGCUACCCAUAUACAUCAUCUGGCACUUGAACAUGAACAAGGUGAACAAGAUGGCUCUUAUUCCCAUCAUGGCAAUGGCUUGCGUCGCGAGCGCCGCCGUUGUUAUCCGCUUUCCAUACGUGCAGGACUUUAAGAACCCCGACUUUCUUUGUGAGAUCGACCCCGUGUUUUAUGUGUGCUUGUCGCUAAUGAGUAUAGAUGCAACCAUUGACAUUGCCAUCUGGUCGACUACGGAACAAGGACUUGCUAUUACGGCCGGUAAUCUUGCGACCCUCCGACCUCUUCUCCGAUCUAUCAAACAAUUUGUCGGCUUGAGUCAGUCUGGGCCGACGCUGCUAAAGGACUCGGAUCGAGCGACGAAUAAUAAUGUGAAUAGGGGGACGUUUCAUUCCGGCGGAGGGUUUCCGGAUAGCAGCGAGCAUCUUAAGCUGCAGCCAAUCGCGGGACAGCAUAGUACUAGAUUUUAG